AUGGCUGAAAAUCCCAAUCAAAUAGAAAACGUGGUAGUGGCUGUUCCGGAAGUAAAAAAUGAAGUGAAAUUAGAAUUUGAUGGGCCUAAAGUGAAGAAACCUAAGAGCAUAAUCCAAAUAAAUCGUAUUAUUGUGCUUUCAUUACUUAUAUUCUCUUUCCUUUUGUCACUUCCAGUUCUUUCUGAAGUCAUAUGGAUAUUUUCUGUAGGACAAUAUGAAUGUGAAGAGUUAAUGAACUUGCCAAAGUUACAAAUAGGAAUUGCAAUUGGCUUGAUCACUCUUGUUUAUUGGAUUAGCAAUCUUGUAGCGUAUUUGAGGUCUCGUUUUCAAGCUAUUGGGCUUCUUAUAGCUAUGGUGCCACCGAUCAUAAUGUUCAUUGUGGGCUUGGGCCUUGUUGGAUCGUAUGAAAUGGUGACCCAAGUGGUUCCUGGUUCCCCGGCAUGGCUCAAGAGGACAGUGCAUAAUGAAGAGACUUGGAACAAUAUCAAGUCUUGCAUAUACUCCACAAAAACUUGCAAGGAUUGAAUCUCGAGGACAUAUUUGUUGAAGUCUUAUGAUUACACAACUACCAAGUUGUCUUCAGUUGAGUCUGGGUGUUGCAUUCCGCCAUCACUUUGCCAAAUGGAAUUCGUAAAUGCAACAUUUUGGAGAAAAGCAAAUUCACCAAUUAGUGCUCAUUCUGCAACUUUCGAUAAAGAUUGUGAUUUGUGGGAAGAUGAAGAAACAGUGUUAUGCUACAAUUUGUCAUACUUUUAA